AUGGACGAACCGCUGACAAAGACGGAUAUGGUCGUGGCAUCAAUCGCAACCCUAAUUGAUGCACAAUGCGUAGAGGCUACUGAAGCCAUGGGAGUCAAACGUGAACAUUUGGCCUCAGUAAUCAGCUCUGCCGUCAAUGUACGGACCGCCGAAGAUAUAACGACAUUAAACGCUGGCGCCACCACAUCAUUAAGAGGGGUUGUCAUAUUGAAAGCAAGGGUGUUGAAGGAAGCAUGGAACAUAACAACUGUUAUUUCGGUGGAGAAAGACGGUAGCAAUGGAAAUAACGUUUAUGUUUCUCAAACGCAAAAGAAAAAAAGUCUUUUUUAUCCAUGCAUUAAUUUCAUAUUUCUGGAGGACAGAGAGAACUGGAGAUACUUCGGGUUAAAGACGGCGAUACGCGGGGUCGUGGAGUUUGAGUGCAAGAACAAGAAGGAACAUGAUGUUUGGGCUCAGGGUGUGUCGAGGCUGCUCACCAUAGCUGCAGAUAAGAACAACAUAUAA